AUGACCACUCCAGAAGUCCUAAUUAACGAUAGCCAGACUGAUCAGACAAAUAUUUCAAGCAAGGCUCGCCAAAUGUCACCAACCGGUUUUUCGAACCAUACGCCUGGCGAGUACUCCACCGCUCAAAAAACCGACCCAUGCAAGAUGCAUCGACCCCACCGCAGCCCCUAUCCACACUCACAUGUACCAUCACAUCCAGGGGUGGAAAGAGGGCACGUAAGAAGACCGAGUGCUCAUAAAAUUUCUCCACACGAAAACAACCCUGGCCAAAUAUCUCGACAUUCCGGAUCAGCCGUUCCGCCAUCGGAUUCUGGUGGGUUCGCCGGUUCGCAAGCACAUCAACCACCGCCAGGAAUGGCAAGGGGUCUCAGAGAGCACCAUUCCAGAGACAUGCAACAAUAUCCCGGUUUUGUUCCAAUCGCUAGACGAUCGAGAGCUCGUCACGUGACAGGUUCGGCCAUGAACUUGAGCAGUUCAAGGUCAAGAGAGUCCGUUAUGACGGGCGGUGGGAUGAGGAGACCAUCGAGUGAUAGUUACGGGUCGAGGGAGUUCAGCAACGAUGACGAAGCCAACAAAACGUUCAAAACGGCGUUUGAAAAAGUUCUUGCCGGCAAUAAAAAUUUAUCGGCAACAACAUUCCAAAAUACUUUCGAACUUAGAAACACAGUCUAUUAUUACGUUUUAUUUGCAUACUACAGACAAAGUUACAAAAGCAACAGCAGCCGACAGUACGAGGCAUCUCCAAGGAACGCCCACUACCACAAACCCGGUCAGAACAUGUCGAGACGCCGGUCACAAGAUUUUUCAGAGGACUACGUCAGACACACGUCAGCUGGGGGCGGAGGUCGAAGAAUGAACGAAGAUCGAAUUCGACGGAGACCCUCACAUUCACGACCCCAUUCGGGCCCUGACCCUUCGUCCUACUUACCCGGGUCAGCAUCCACCAUGCCACCGAUGUCUGCCGGCCAAGGUUACGGGCCUAAAAAACUCUCACCAACUCACCAUUACGCGGGAAAUUAUCCGCCACAGUCUUCCAGAGGUCACAGGUCACGAGGUCGCAGUGGCAGGAUGGGCAGAGGCAUGCCCCAGGCCACCUCAACUCCGCCCACAAC